AUGCUGCGUACAGGAAACCGUCUCACAAAUUUUUGCCAGAAAUCUCACAUGUGUGUGACUCAUGUUGUAAUAAAAAAUACCAAAAAACUCCCUCAUCCACCCCCUGCUAUGUCUGUUCUGUGCAAUUUCUAUGCGUGUAGUUUCUGGCAGCACAGCAAGCUCCGAAAGGUUUAUGAUGUAUCAUCACAUUUGGGCGAAUACCCAGAUGGAGAUGAUGUUUUACCAAGGACAAUUGGAGAAGAUUCCACCGAUGAAUUCGAAGAUGCUAGGCAUAGCAAGAGUGCAAGGAAACUCGUGGAAAGUUUCUGCAUUGGGGAAUAG